AUGCCAAUAAGCAUUGCUAUUUCAAAUUCACUCUACUACUUCUUUGACUUUGUAAAUUUGAGCACUGUGCUCACGCUUGUCUAUUUUGCCAGUGGAAUGGAGAUGAGAGAAUCAAAGUCUCAUAAAAUUUGCCAAUGUGUCUUCAGUGGUGGUGGUGCUUAUCUUGUGGGUAGUCCUUGUAGCUGCAGAUCAACAUGGGUGUGUGGCGUGGCCCGUGUGGGAGUCAGCCGAUGUGUGGUCUAUGGUGGUGGUGAGGCAAAACGAAAAGACCACCGUCUCUCUUCUCUCUUUCCUCUUCGCACCCAAUUCCUCGGCUCAUUUCUCAAGAUACCCGUGGGCUUCUUUGCUGCUCCAAGAAUGCCUCUUUACAAGAGAAAGACUUUUCCUCUGUCAGAAAGGCCCAAGGACUUGAAUCCUCAGGAGCUCGUAUUUCAAGUCCGCUUCACCAAAGAGAUAUUUAGGGAUUAUGGUGAAUACUUGAACCGGAUCAACCUGUAUCGGCAAAGAGUUUGGACCUGCAAAGUCACUGGAAAGGGUAAUUUGACUUAUGAAGAGGCAUUGGUGUGCGAAAGACGUGCAACCGAGAUGGUCCAACAGUUCCCCAAGGAACUAGUAGCACCCGUGCUGCAUGAUGUCCAAUUCAGUAAGUACUCACUUCUGUGA